UUAGAAGUCACAGCCUUCCGUAAGUUCCGUGUGUGUUGCGGAAAAAUCCCUUUUUGGGCGGCCGACCACAUGUGUGGAUAGUGAACAAAAUAUGGUUCUGUUAUGAUUUUAUGUUAAUAGAAGCGUAUUUCAUAGUGAUCGGUACAAGACAUCGAUAGAUAAAGUGCGUACGGAUCGUUCAGUGUGCCAGAAAAGUUGGAACAAGACGACGGAAGUGCAUUUUUUUCGAUGUAAAUACGGUCCAACCAGGGUCAGUCCGGUGUGCUACGAGAGGUUCGCGCAUAUUUCUCAGCGACCGGCCGUGUGUGCGCGCCACUGGGACGUGUGAGUUAAUCGUGAAUUAUUCGACCUUCGCACUGUUCGAUCGGCCAGUUUUCAUCGGGAAAGUUCGUUCGCGAUUAGUGGGUUAACCCCAUCAUGCCGUCGUGUUGAGGGGCAUGGAGGCGCGCUCGUGAUCGUCUGUUGGCGCGGAGCGCGCGCCCGGACUUACAUAACGAGGGCAGCGGCGGCAUGGCCGCCCGCGUGUCCGCCGAGGGCGCAGGGCCCUCUUACGCGUCAGUGUUGAACUUUAGGGGCAGUGACAGUAACAAGGAAAACAUUGAGGCCGCACCAGGUGAAGUGUCUGACGCGCCCCCGACGAAGCAAGAUGAUGAAGAGGAAGAGGGUUUUGUGCCCGUCAUUUCACACGGACGCCGUCCUGGGAAGGGGCGAAGGCACCCUGAGCGUAGGGCUCCACCCCGUCCUCAUAAGGCGCCCGCUCAGCACGCUGAGCCCCAGCCGACGCCAGAGCAGCAGCAGCAAUCUUCAGAGAGUCAACCGAAGAAGUUUGUUGAAGCCCCAAUUCCUAAAGUGAACCCUUGGCAGACAUCUGACCCUGAACAGGUUCGAGGGGGCAGCACAGGAGUGCCACCGCCAGCUGCUCCGGCGAUGAUUGAGCAGGAGAAGCGGUCACCGCUGCAGCCGCAGCAGCAGGGCAGGGUACACCCGGAGCCGCCAGUCGUUCCAGUGCCUCCGCCCCCUAAGCCAGCGAUAGUGAAGGCACCAAAACACGCCAAGAUUAAUCAAAAGGGAAAUACAACUCUAUCGGGAGAAAGUACGAAAACUGUUGAGCUACAAGAUGAUACAGUGAUUGGGGAGAUAGUAUUAGAUACUAUGACUGCUGGAGUAGCGGCCAGGAGGAAAACCAGGCCUAGACGGAGCUGGGCGAAGGUGGAGCAGGAUGGUCAGGCAUCAGACUUCACGGACAUAGGAGACUGGCCGACGCUAGGCGCUGCCGUAUCAGGCGGAGCCAGGUGUCAUUCCACGCCACCUCCUCACGAUGCUGACUCCUCACAUCAUAAUGGGACUGCGGAACAAGACCGCAAGCCCCCAGAGGAGCCUCAUCAUCACCAGCCCUCCAAGCCCGAGAGGGUGGAGGCGACACACAACCACCAACACAACGAGAAACACCACGACAAACAUUCGGAUCGAGCCAAGAGUUCAGGCGCCGGUAAGGGCAGCAGUAAGUCGGGGAAACACAAGUGGGUUCCCCUGGACAUCGACGUGAAGGCAGCAAGGCCCGGGAAGCACGGUCCUCAACAUUCUACGAGGCCGGAGAACGACACGGUAUCCCUCAACGGUGAGGAGAGCCGUUCGCGCGGCGGGUCCAGGUCCCGCGGGGGUCGGGGCGGAGCCCGAGGUGGUCGCCGGGGUGCUCCCCGCCCUGCCUCGGCGCUCCCGUCCCUCCCGGCUCCGCACCAUCAUACACUAUACCAUCACGCCCAUGACUUCCCACACCACCCAGAUUUGGCGCAGCAGCUUAGGGUAUCCACUGGCGUCGCGCAGGUGGUGGUUCCCUUCGGGGGUCUGGCGGCGUUGGGGGCACCCUUAGCACCACCAUUGGCACAGGCAUUCUACUACGGAGCGGCGGCGGCCACGGCGACGCCCUACGGCAUGGGAUUGGAUCACGCGACCUUGAAGGAUUUGAUUAAGAAGCAGAUCGAAUACUACUUCAGCCCGGACAACUUGGCCCGCGAUUUCUUCCUCCGUCGCAAGAUGGCGGCGGACGGGACCAUUCCCGUCACGCUCAUCGCCUCCUUCCACCGCGUGAGGGCGCUCACGGCGGACGUGCAACUCGUGCUUGACGCUAUCCGCGAUUCCGAUAAGCUGCAACUUAUUGGUGGAUUUAAGGUCCGAACAGCCUUCGAACCGACAAAAUGGCCGAUCCUAGACAUAACCUCGAGCACAAACCCCGACGACAACAAAGGAGAACAACCGAACACAUCCGAAGACAAACCGAAGACGCCCGAAGCUGACGCUGACAAAGAAACCGUGAAGGAAGAGGCUCCAAGUAUAGAAGCGAACACUGAAAGAGUGGAAAAUGUCGAAGAAAAGAAAUUUGAUAACAUUGUCAAGGAGCCUACAAUAACAACCGUUGAAAAAUUCGAGACACAACAGCAGCCCUCGCAACCAUCAGCCACGGUAGAGGAGAUACUUGAGCCAGAGAUACCAGAAGUGUCCGCCGCAAUAGAAGUGGGAGAGGUCGCAGAAGACAAGAAGAAAGAUGUUGAGGUUGAGGCCGAGAAGCCGAUAGACCCUACUGAUGAUCCACCACUGCAGUCUGAGGGCAAUGAGGAGAAGCCUGGUGAAAAACGCCGUAAGAAACAGAUGGUGGGUAUCUUCCCUCUGCCGACGAUGGGAGGUCCUCUGGUUGCACCAGUUUCAUCACUCCUCAGGGCGGUACCUCCGCCACCGCUGCCCAGAAUGUUUCGCACCGGGCGCGGCGGGCUGGCGGGCGGCGCUGCCGCACACGAUUCGCUAAACCCCGACGUCCCUGAGUUCGUGCCGCUUGCAUUACGACAUGAGGAAUGCAACGACAAAUCCGACAGCCUGGACGACAGACCCAGCUCGGGCACCAUCAGCCCCAACUCCGAACAAGUAUGGACGGAGGUAAAACGCCGUACAAAAGCCGGUUCCCGCGAGCGCACAGCGGCUGCGGCUGAAGAGGAACCUCGUGAGGAGUUGCACUUCCAGCUCGACGAGGAACUGGAGCUGCCGCCGCCACGGCAUAACACGUUCACUGACGCUUGGUCUGACGAGGAGUCGGACGCGGAGUUCACGGACCGCGACGUGGGGCGCCUGCUGAUCGUGACGCAGACGGCGGCGCGGGCCCCCAAGCACGACGGACACGACCGCCAGGGGGACUGGAACACACGGACCAAGAUCACGCAGGACCUCGAACAGGUUAUUACUGACGGCUUGAGACGGUAUGAAGAAGAUUUAUGGAACGACAAUGAUUAUCCCUCAUCGUACGGCAGCCAGAACUACCGCACGGUGUCGCUGAUCAGCCGCGAGCAGUUCGAGGCGGCCGUGCCCAACGAGAAGCACUGCAACCCCGCCGAGCCGCCGCCGCCGCCGCCGCGACCGCAGCAGGUAUCCCAGCAGGCGGAGUCUACCGAGGGUAGAGCGGGCCGGCGGCCGCGACGUACGGCGCGCUUCUACGCAGCCAGCAAGGACCCACACGCAACUGAUGUUAUAAGCAGCCGCAAGCACAAGACGCGCCACUCGCUGAACCCGCCCGUGGAGCACCACGUGGGCUGGAUCAUGGACAUACGCGAGCAUCGCGCCAGGACGCAUAGCACCGGUUCGUCAGUGGGCACGUCCCCGACGCUGGGGUCGUCGUGCGGGUCGGUCCCCGCGUCGCUGCCCACGUUCCACCACCCCAGCCACGGCCUGCUCCGCGAGAACCACUUCACGCAGCAAGCCUACCACAAGUACCACUCGCGCUGUCUUAAAGAACGCAAGAAGCUUGGCAUCGGUCAGUCGCAAGAGAUGAACACGCUGUUCCGAUUCUGGUCGUUCUUCCUACGAGACCACUUCAAUCGCACCAUGUAUAAUGAAUUCAGAACGCUAGCCAACGAGGAUGCGUCAGCCGGUUUCCGCUACGGCCUGGAGUGCCUGUUCCGUUUCUACUCGUACGGCCUCGAGCGCAAGUUCAGACCGGAGCUGUACCAGCACUUCCAGCAGGAAACCAUUGCUGAUUAUGAGAAGGGUCAGCUAUACGGCUUAGAGAAAUUCUGGGCGUUCCUGAAGUACUACAAGCAUACGGGAGCGCUGCAGGUGGACCCCAAGCUGCAGGGCUACCUCGAGAACUUCCAGAGCAUCGAAGAUUUCAGGGUGCUUGAGCCCCAGCUGAACGAGUUGCUAGCGGCGGCGGGCGGGGCGGCCCCGGGGCGCGGGCCGCACGCGCGGCCCUACGACCGCACGCGCUCCGUCUCCGAGAGCGACCGCGCCGCCGCCGCCGCACGACACGCCACCAGUAAGCAGGGCGGUGCGCGGCCGCCGGCGAGCAGUACGGGCGCCAACAACCGCGGCCGCGCCGGCUCCUGCGGCGCGCAGAGCGUCGUCGCCACCGCACGACCACGGGCAACACCAAAAACGAAACAAGACAGCGGAGAGCCGAAGCCGUUGGCAGCCAAACAGUGAUGUUUAAACUUGUACAUAAAUUAAGAAAAAGACAUUCAGUGCAAAGUGCUUAAUCACCGGCAAUAAUAAUAUAUAAUGUGUCGAAUGCAUUUUAUUAUACUAUACUAUAUACUAUAUAUAAAAUAUGUUUAAAAACUUAAAGUUUAGUGCCCAGACACUAGUGAGUUUAAAACGUUGCUCGUUGGUUACUUACGGAGACUAGCUUAUAUGCAUCGACAAUAAGCAACGCUACGCUCUGUUUCACGCGAUAUCAUAAAUAUUGACAACAAUAUAGCUAGACAGUAAGUAUGUACUACCAUAUAUAUAUAAACUUAUAUAUUUUUGACAUUGUAUAAAAAUUUAAAUUAUAAACGACAUCCCAUUGUCUUGAUAAAAUUUUCAAAAUGACAUUAAACAAAAAAAAAACAAACGUUCUGUCUCUUAGUCUUUGGUAGGGUUAAGUAUUUUUUAUCUGUGGCUACUUUGGUGCUGCAACAUCGACAUCCUCGCAUUUUGUUUGAUUUUUGAAUUUAGAACCACCCAGUUUGAUUAAGAGCCUUUUGAGACUCGACUAGUGAAUUUUUUUCUCGAUAAUUUCGAGUGAGUUGAGUCAAGUUGAGUGUAUCUGAGUAUAAACUCAGGAUGUUGUAUGUAUAAGUCGCGUUUAGUAAAUGAACUCAAAUGAGUUAUAGUCACUCAGUGUUAUAAGGUGUAUUUUAAAAGUUUUACUCGUUUACACUCAACUCAACUGAGUAACACUCAACUCAACUAAAGCCAUACUCAUUUCGAUAUUCAUAUUGAUUUGGAUCUCUAGACGAAAAAUUAUGGAAAAAACGAAAAAAAUGUCAUUUUUCAUGUUUAUUUUUUUCCUGUAAGUCAUGAUAAAAAUUGUACAGCCUGUGUAAAAAAUAUGGGAGUGGUGGUAGAAAAAAAUAGUUUAAAAAAAUAAAAGCUGAAGACUGGUAUUAUUCGGUUCUGGUGUCGCGCGAAGUUUUUAAAUGAUGAUGUUGAGAAAAUACUUAUGAUGUGGAGUUGAGAAAAAUUGUUAAAAAAAAACUAUAAAGAGUCGAGCGAGUCUGUGUGUUGAUAAUGAUGAAAAUACUUAAUUUUUUUCGUUUCCUAUAUCUGUAUAAUAGAUGCCUUUACGAUUGGCCGUCUUUUUGAAACUUGGUCGUUGAGAUAUUUGACUCGGAAGUGUAUUUUUGUUAUUUAUAUUGUAUGUGUUUUAAAAUGCGUCUCUCUGUCUGUCCCCGCUACUGUAUACAACUUUAAUAAACAUUUUCUUUAAUAACAAUUUCAUAUAAUUGUAUUAAUUGCCUAUUUUCUUUUUUA